AUGGCCUUCGCCGGCCAGACACCCACGAUUGUCGUGCUGAAGGAGGGCACCGACGCUUCCCAGGGCAAGGGUCAGAUCAUUUCCAACAUCAACGCAUGUAUUGCCGUGCAGUCGACAGUCAAGAGCACCCUGGGCCCCUACGGUGGUGACCUCCUGCUUGUUGACAGCAAUGGCAAGCAGACCAUUACCAACGAUGGAGCAACCGUGAUGAAGCUUCUCGAUAUUGUGCACCCCGCCGCCCGCAUCCUUACGGACAUCGCCCGAUCCCAAGACGCCGAAGUCGGUGAUGGAACAACCUCCGUGGUUGUCCUGGCCGGCGAGAUUCUCAAGGAGGUACGCGACCUUGUUGAGCAAGGUGUGAGCUCGCAGACCAUUAUCAAGGGUCUCCGGAGAGCUAGCGCCAUGGCGGUCAACAAGGUCAAAGAGAUUGCGGUGGACAUGAUCGAGUCCGCAGAGAACGAGGACAAGAAAAUCGUGACCCUCCGGCGGCUAGCAGGAACCGCCAUGAACAGCAAGCUCAUCAAGCGGAAUUCGGAAUUCUUUACGAAGAUGGUUGUGGACGCGGUGCUUUCCCUGGACCAAGAUGAUCUGAACGAGAAGUUGAUUGGUGUGAAGAAGGUGACCGGCGGUGGUCUCCAGGAUUCCCUUUUCGUCAACGGUGUCGCUUUCAAGAAGACCUUCUCUUACGCUGGUUUUGAGCAGCAACCCAAGUUCUUCACGGACCCCAAGAUUGUGUGUCUGAACGUCGAGCUAGAGUUGAAGAGCGAGAAGGAUAAUGCGGAGGUUCGCGUGGAGCAAGUCUCCGAGUACCAGGCCAUCGUCGAUGCGGAGUGGCAGAUCAUCUAUAACAAGCUGGAGGCCAUCCACAAGACUGGCGCCAAGGUUGUGCUCAGCAAGCUGCCCAUUGGUGACCUUGCUACCCAGUACUUUGCGGACCGGGACAUCUUCUGUGCUGGCCGUGUUGCUUCUGAUGAUAUGGACCGAGUCUGUCAGGCCACCGGUGCCGCAACCCAGUCGACUUGCAGUGACAUCCAGGAGCGCCACCUCGGUACCUGCGGCGCAUUCGAGGAGCGCCAGAUUGGCGGAGAGCGCUUCAACAUCUUCUCCGAAUGCCCCGCUGCUAAGACUUGCACUCUGGUGCUGCGUGGUGGUGCUGAGCAGUUCAUUGCCGAGGUGGAGCGGAGUCUUCACGACGCUAUCAUGAUUGUCAAGCGCGCUCUGCGCAACACCACCAUUGUCGCUGGUGGUGGUGCUACCGAGAUGGAGCUGUCCAGCUACCUGCAUGGCUUUGCUGACCGCAAUGUCCCGCACAAGCAGCAGGCUGUGGUCAAGGCCUUCGCCAAGGCCUUGGAGGUUAUCCCCCGCCAGCUUUGCGAUAACGCUGGCUUCGACGCCACCGAUAUCCUCAACCGGUUGCGUGUGGAGCACCGCAAGGGCAAUGUCUGGGCUGGCGUGGACUUCGACAAUGAGGGUGUCCGUGACAACAUGGUUGCUUUUGUGUGGGAACCCACCUUGGUCAAGGUCAAUGCCAUCCAGGCCGCCGUGGAGGCCGCCUGCUUGAUCCUGAGUGUGGAUGAGACGAUCAAGAACGAGGAGUCUGCCCAGCCUGGCGCUCCCUCGCGCGGUCUUCCGCCGGGUGCAAGCCAGCGGGCCCUCCGGGGCCGUGGCCGUGGAAUGCCUCGUCGCUGA